AACAGGUUUAAUAAAAGCGCUCGAUGUCAAUUCCAAAACCACAAUCAAGAAUUUCUUUGUUUGACGAUACAAAAGUAUGGCUACCUCUGGAAUCAAACGUGAAUGUAUUUAACCGAUAUUUACGCCACCUAGGAGUUGGCAGCAGGUGGACAAUGGCCGACAUUACUUCUUUAGAAUUCGACAUGCUGCGAGAGAUUCCGACCCCGGCCGUAGCGGUUUUAUUCCUCCAGCCACUGACUAAAAACUACGAAAAAUAUCAAGUUGAAAUGGAAGAAAAAGCUGACAAGCAAACGAGGGAAAUCGAUCCAGACUUGUACUUCAUGGCCCAGUCCAUUAAGAAUGCCGCUGGCACCGUGGCUUUGAUUCACGCUGUUGCCAACAAUAUGGAAGAAAUUAAUUUCGAAGAGGUAUCCAUGGUGCGAGAAUUUAUCACCAAAUCCAAAGGAUCGAAUUUCUUGGAGAAGGCGCAAAUGUUGGAACAGUGCGCUGAAUUGCGUGAAGCUCAUGAACAGAGGGCUAACGAAGGACAAACGACUAUUCCAGAUAUGGAUGUCGAUGUGCCGCACCAUUUUGUAACGUUCGUAAAUAUGAAGUCUCGGCUUUAUGAGCUUGAUGGUUUAAAAACUGCUCCCGUAAAGCAUGGUAAUACUAAUAAAGAUUCUUUUCUACGCGAUGUUGCUGAAGUGUGUAAAGGCCAUAUGAAACGUGAUCCAAAUAAUAUGGACUUUGCUGCCAUGGCUUUUCACGCAUUGGAAAAAUAAGAUUGCUCUUAACGAAUAUUGUUUAAAGUGUUCUUUUAAUUGGUGAUAACGUUCAUUUUUUUUGAAAAACUGACGAUGCUAGUGUCUGAAGAGGACAUUGAAACUUAAUAACAUGAGUUUUACUUCGGUUAAGACCUUCAGAGCCACACUAGUAUAAUGUUUUUAAA